UUAGACGUCACGUUAGUGAACUAUUUUCAACCAUCAUCCUGCGAAAGCCUUCAAGCUACAAUGACAAGCGGAUUUGGUGUUAAUCCCUCUCUCCUCCACCUGGUCUGGACCACCCACAUCCUGAGUGGUGAGCUGCAGCGGCCCACCAGCAGAGAACACGUCUGAGGCUUUGUCGCUGGGUUUUGGAGGUGGGCUGAAGCUGCUUCUUGGAGGAUGGGGGUAGGCCACCUGAUCAGGACCCCGACAAAGAUGCAAUAUCGUGGCGGAAAUUGGGCGACAGCCGCGCUGAUGUCCAGAAGCUGCAUCUGCAGAACCACUGGUGCUCAACUGGAACCACAGCUGCUGAAUGCAAAAGAGAGAAAAGAAAGUCUACAGUAUAGUGGCGAUGCUGAUGUGGUUACCACGGUAAUAACAACAAUAAUAAGCAGACCGCUGAGAAGAAAACAAUGAAGAUGACGGCGAUGACACAUUUGUUGCUCAGCAAACUGCCGUCGUUCCCAGGACCUCAGAGGUCAGGUGACUGUAAAGCUCUUAUACAGUGUUUUAGACCGUCUGAAACGGAUAUGGGACUGAAAAAAAAACGGACCCGGAGGCCGCUCGAGAGCGACGACAAGAGUUCGGGAUGAAUUGUGCGAGUACAAAGAGCAGCAUAUAGCUAAGAGAGGGACAUUCAGGAAGGAAGCGAGGGAAAAGUUUGAGAGGAAAGUUACCAUAAUGAUGGUGGUCGUCGGCCGCACAGGUGUGGGAGAAAUGCCAUGAGAAAAAAUCUCAUGUGACUGUAUUGCUUGUUUUUGGAAGGAUGUUUCAAGGGAAGUGACCAGAAGCUCGCUCUAUGAUCAAGAAUCUCACAAGAAUUUCUUCCCUAGUAUUCAUUUAAAAAGUUAAUAACAACAAUAAUAACUAGAGAGCAAAAUAAUGUUCAUUUGGAUGGAACCCUCUAUGUAUUAGAUGUAUUUUUAUAGUUAUUACAUUAAUGUAUGAGGUGCGUUCUGAACAGCCACAAGACAAGUGAGAUCUAGUUAACAAUUUAUCACCACACAUUAUCUUCAAAUGCAAAGUGAUUCACAGACAAGGAGAGAAUAACAACAACAAUAAUCGCAUUUGUGUCUGACAAGUAACAUUUUACUACAGAACUAUACUUCAUUGUUACUAAAGAGGUCAUGUAUAAAAAGCUUAUUCAUAAUUUGCUUUCCAGAACACCUAUUGUUUUUCAGGUCAUGACACAUUCAGUGGGGAGACGUGGUGGACAAAGAGUGUUGGAGGAGGCAGACUCACUUGAUGGGAAAGGAGGAAGAUGGAGGGUGAUGACUGUGUCUGAAGGUUGGCGGUUUACCUCCUCUAAAAGACAAUCCUGAACCACGUGCAGCCUUUGACUACAGUAUGUUGAUGCGCCUCUAAGGGAGCGGAAAACUCUCCUUGCAACAUGGCUCCCUCUCCCUCGCUCUCUCCCAGCUCACCAGCCAGUACCAGAGCUUCACCGCUGGACUCCAACAUGAGGCUUGAGUCUCUCUGGCCAUGAGAGAGAGAGGAGACGGCGACACAGAGCGAUGACUGAUGGACAGACUCAUCUUCUGUCUCAUUGCCUUCAUCAACUUCGCAGCCAAAGAAAACACAAUUUUAUGUUUGAGCCCCUGAGUCUGGCGCCGUUAUCAGAUAUGUACCACUUGAAUGCUGGAGGGGAGUACCUGGAGGGUAAGAGGCGACCGUGAGAGUGGGACUCCACCGACAACAUCUGAAGAAACGUGGACUUCAAGCAAGGGGAACAGUGAGACGCAACAAUGUAGGACUCAUCUUUCUGCUCCUGGAAUACCUCACCACCUGGAUGAACUGAUGAGUAAAUGAUGGUGACUGGGGAGAGAAUGUGAUAGCAGUGACACGUCGAGACAAAACUGAGAGGAAAAUAACUGGAAUUGAACGCCUUGAGAAGACUCCGCCAUAAUGAUGGAGAAGAGUCGGCCCUCCGACCCACCUCCUUCCCCGUCUUCCUUCUCCUCUUCACCCCCGUCGUGCGCUGCCCUGGAGAAGCUCAGCCCAGCUGUGAGCCCACCGGUGGACCCCGUCAAGCCCUCACGUCUCUCUGCCAAACGCGCCAAAAAGAGACACCGGCAGUUUCCUUGUGCCAAGUCGAAGCAGACUGACCAUGAAGCAGACCAGGGAUCUGCUCUGGAGCCUUUCACUCAGGCGGAGCAGGAGUCCAAACAGGUCUCGGUCUGCACCCCACCGCCGCUUCUCCCAGCCCCAGCCAAGUCCUCCCCAAGCCCACUCCAGCCUUCCCCAGUUCCCAUCUCUUCCCCAUCCUCUUCCUCUCCUCUCCCCCCUCACAUCCCGGUCAUCAGCCUGGCACACAGUAAACCGCCCCUUCCUCUCAACACUCACUUGACCACUCUGCACCCCAUCCCCAUGAUCCACAGCCCUCAUGUGGACCUCUACCGCAGCGGGCUCACCCUCUUGCCGGUAGGCAGCUCUACCGGUUCUCGAGGAAGCCAACCUUCAACCUCCAGUGGACCAAUGUUGCCUCAGCAGUACCUGCCAGGACACACCUUCUUCACCAGCUCCUUCUUGGGCCCCUCAGAGGGAAACUAUCGGGUCGUUGCAAACAGUCGACUCAAGAGAAGACCCUCGUCCCACUUUGAGAUGGAGAUCAACGACUGUCCUCCUCAGAAACUUGCCCGGCGAGUGUUCACUAACAGCCGGGAACGCUGGCGACAGCAGAACGUGAACGGAGCCUUCUCCGAGCUGAGGAAGCUCAUCCCGACUCAUCCUCCCGACAAGAAGCUCAGCAAGAACGAAAUCCUCAGGCUGGCCGUGAAAUACAUCAACUUCCUGGUCAACCUGCUCAACGACCAGGACAAGGGCGGCGACUCGGCCGGCGAGGAAGCCGAGAGCAACGCGUCCGACAAAGUUUUCGAGAGUGAGUCUCCUCCUCAGCCUGACACCCCUCGCACGGUACGAGCCGGUCUGACCACAGGCCGCCGAGGACGAGACUCCAGCGACUCUGCCAUCACACUGGUCACCUCUCCCGCAACGUCCAGUUGCUAUGGCGACACGGACAGCGAGGAGAGCUUCGGGGGGAAGACGUCAGUGGUGACCAGGGGAAUUCUAGGGAAGGUGAAGGUCAGAUAAGGACAUGAAGCUAUGCCACACUGACAGCCGAGCGGUGUGGCAGGAGACGCUUUGCUUUUGGACUUUUUUUCAUUGUUUUCUUUCUUACAUCAAAGUUGCUUUUCUAAUGUUUAUUUAUUUAUUCUGAGUUGUUUUUCUGUCAUCCAGAGCGUUUUUGUUUUGCAACUCUGUUUUGAUUCUGUCGAGUGUGUUUUACGAGUGAAACUUUAAACCUGCACCUACAGUUCUCACCAUCAUCCUUAUCUUAACAUCACUGCUCUCUCUCAUCGUACACAGCAUCUAUUGCUGAUCCCAUGAUGAGCAAGUUGGGAAUUAACUGGUGCCAUUUGCCUCUACAGUUUUCUCCAAAUGAUUUAGCUGACAGAGACAGCAGCCGUUUCAAAUAUGAGCUGGACGUGGGAAACGCUUCCUGAUCUAAAUCGUAACAAGACAAAGUGGCUUGGAAUCAGAAGUGUGCAGUUGACAGUGUGGGAGACCAACCCAGUUGUUGUGACACCCUCGUACUGGACUGAAAAUAAAG